AGACUGUUCGUUCAAAAAUGAAUCAUUUCAUUUCUUUAUUCUCUCUUUUUAUUUUUUAUUUUUAUUUUUUUACUUGUCCUUCCUUAUACCUCUAAGUAAACGCACGAUAAAAUUCUAUGCUUAAAAAUAAUUUAUAUGAAUACAACAAUAAAAUUCUAAACUCAAGGUACAUUUUUUUUUUAAAAAAGAAAAAGCAAUGACGUUCAUUAUGAAUGAUCUCACUUUAACCAUUUAUAAUAGAGUCCCUCCUCCAACUCCACCACUCCAUGAGCAAAAUUCAACGACAAGAACAUCUUCUUUACUACCAACAUAUCAUUUUGAACGAGAAUCACUUAUAGAUCCGACAAGUAAUUCAUUUUAUAAUGAUUUUAAUACUAAAAACGAAACAUUCACAGAAUCAAAAAUGUCAAAUUUAAUAAUUGAUCCUUAUUUUUAUGAACCUUUACCUAAAAUUCAGACAGUUCAAGCACCAAAAUCAGUAACUGUAGCACAUAUACAACAUGAAUAUUUAGAUAUACCUCAAUCAUCACCCACCAUCACUGUGCAACAAGUGCCGCCUAUUAUAGCUUCAAAAUCAAAUAAUAAAUUACCAAAGCCUCCUCUUACACCUCUUGUCAUUCCAUCUACUCCUUCUAUUCAUUCUAAUCACACACCUACUCGUACAUCAUCUCGAUACCAUUAUCUUUCACCUACAAAUUUAAAUACACCUGGAUUUUCAUAUUCCCCUCUUUCUUCCACCGGUCUAUCACCUUCUACACCUUCUCCAAACACACCAUCACCCUCUUCUUUACCUCAACAUAAGGUUUCAAAAAGGACACUUUCCAUACAACCGGAAGAGGAAGCAGAACAAUUGAUUCAACAAGGCAUUAAAUAUCAUGAGGCAGGACAACUUGAAAAGGCAACUGAUAUGUUCAGAAGAGGCGCCCUAAUGGAUUUACCUAUAGCUAUGUUUCUAUAUGGUGUCUCUCUUCGUCAUGGAUGGGGAUGUAAAAAAAAUGAACAUCUUGCAUUUCAAUACCUUCAAAAGGCAGCAGAACAUGCAGUUGAAGAUUUAAGUCAUACAGUAAAUACUUCAGCAGCUAAAGGUGAACUCAUUAUGGCCAUUUAUGAACUCGGUGUCUCAUUUUUUCAUGGUUGGGGUUGUAAAAAGAAUAAAGAAACAGCAGUUUAUUAUUUCAAAAUAGCAGCUGAUUUAAAUGACCCAGACGCACAAAAUGACUUGGGACAUUGUUAUUAUCAUGGUCAUGGUGUAAAAAAAAACGUGUAUUUAGCUGCAAAAUAUUAUCGAAUGGCAGAUAAACAAGGACAAGGAAUCAUGGGGAAUUCAUGGAUUUGGAAAUCAAAAUAUGACCCAAAAAAAUAAAUAAAAUAAAAAAAAAAAAUAAAAUAAAAAAAAAAAAAUAAAUAAAAAAAUAA